AUGGGCAGAAAACCAAUUCUGGAGGAUGUAUUGUACCAAAUUGAUUUCAUUACACAGGGAAGAGGGGAAGCAGUCAUAGAUUUCAUAAAGAUAAAUCGCAAGGAACAAGACUUAGAAGAGUUAAAAAAUACAAAUCACAGUACCUACAGUUCUCUGUUGGGGGCUCAUGCCACCCUACAGUCCCAGUACAGAACUCUGAAUGAGAAAUAUGAUGAAUCGUCAAAAGAACUUCGAAACCUGAAGGAAUACUACUGCUAUGUGAUAAGCCUGUCUUGGAUUUCAUUUUCCACAGAGAAGACUUGCCCUGUUUGUAAAGUGGGCUGGGUCCCCUUCAAUUCCAAAUGUUACUUCUUCUCUACUGAUAAACUGACCUGGGAGUCGAGCCGUGAUCAGUGCGUCAGAAAAGGUGGACAACUAGUGAUUGUAAAAAGUUCAAAGGAGCAGGAAUUUUUAGAAAAUAAAAUUAGUGUCAUGGGAGGUGAAGAGAAAGAUUAUUGGAUUGGCCUACAUGAUAGGUUUAAAGACGGUGAAUUUGUCUGGGUGGACGGCACACCACUAAGCACAUCCAACAGAUUCUGGGAUGUAAACCAGCCUAAUGGUGGCAAUAAUGAAAACUGUGUGCAGAUAUGGAUAGAAUCUCAGUGGAAGCAUUGGCAUGAUUUCCCAUGUGCAACUCCUUCAAAAUGGGUCUGUGAGACCACUUCAUCUCUGCUUCCUAUUUAAACUGCUAUCAAGAGUUCCAGCCACAUGCCUGAGCUACUGUCUUAAGAAAUCAUUCAUUUCAGUAAAUCAUUCAGCUGCUAGUCUGAGUAGGGCCUUGGACGUUACCUCAUUUGGUCAUUUAGGUGGCAGAGGUACUUAGUGACAACAUUCUCUGUAUGGUUGUAUAAAAUGAAAGCUGUGAUGUUAUUUGAAUCUUUGUGUUGGUCCGUGGCUUGUUCCCACUUCUGAUUGAAUAGACACCAGGACUCUGAACUGCACAAGAUGGUUAUAGAUAAUGCAUGAAAUGGCAAAACCUCAUCUACAUAUGAGAAGAAACUGCAGGGUACCUGAUUUUUUUAUAAAACAAUUUUGUAUUUUUUUAAAAAGCAACACUUGCCAAGCAGCACAUGCAAGUUCUUUCACCGUUUAUGAAAAUGAAGAUGUUACCAACCUGUGUUUUUCUUAAGUGAUGUUAAAAAGUAUUUACCCCCUUGCUAGUAUUUUCUAUUUUUAUGUUUUUGCAUAUUUUACAUAAUGCAUGGCCUUUACAAAAAUGCAAUAUUAGAAAAAAGAAACCUGAAUAAACAUAAAAUACAGUUUUUAAAUCACUACUUUAUCCAAUGAACAAAGUUAUUUAACACACAAAUUACCAAUUUAAAGUGUAAUUGCCCCCAUAGUUUCAAUACUUGGUUGCUGCAACUUUAGCAACAAUAAUCAUAACUAAACACUAUGUAAUUUAUUAUUUGAGAUCAGACUUUCAUGUUACUGUUGAGGAAUUAUAGCCCACUGUUCUUUGAACUGCUUUAAUUCAGAUACAUUCAUAGUUUUUCAAGCAUAAACUGUUCAUUUCGGCAGUUCUGUUGGGUACAAGUUAGUUCUGACUGGGCUCUAAAACUCUUUGUUUCUCCUAAGCCAUUCAGCUGAAAAUUUUCUUUUUAUUGUGUAGCAUCGUCCUGCUGCACACUCCAAAUUCACCUUGGCUUCAGUGUCACAGACAGUUGAUUAGAUAUUAUCCUUAAGAAUAUUUUGGUAAAGUGCAGAAAUUUUGGUCCCUUCAAUAACAGAAAGUCUUCACCACACUGAGAAAACAAAGCACUCACCCGUUAUCACUCUACCAUUCCCAUGUUUUAUUGUAGGUAUGAUGUUCUUAUUGUUGAAUGCUACUUUACACCAGACAUAGUGUGACCUGUGCCAUCCAAAACGUUCUACUCUUGACUUGUCUGUCUUUAUUCCAAAAGGCUUGAAGAGGAUCCAUGUGAUUCUUUAUAAUUAUGAGACAAGCACCUAAGAUACUCUUGGAUAGCAGAGUUUUUUGCCAUAAUACUCUCAUAUGAGUAAUGCUUUUACUCUUUCUCUUUCAUACAGUAAAGUCGUGAACACUCACCUUGGCGAAGGGUAGAGAGGCCUGAAGUGACUUGGAUGUUUUUUUCUGGGAUCCUCUAUGACUUUUUUUUUUUUAUCUUUUUGGAGAUAAUGGCUCUCACUUGUGGUGCAGUGAAGCCACGGAGCCUUAGCAACGACUAACCCUUUCCUGAUUUCAUUUACAUUUUUCCUCAUCUCUUCUGAGACUUCCUCCUAACAAGACUCAGUGUUUUUUUCCUAGAAAUCUUACUUUGACAAUUUCACUCUCAUGGUAAGGGGCAAAAUAUCAGUCAGCCAAGUCUUAUUAUCAAGUAUUUUUGCUCAGCUUUUUGACUGAGUAACUAAAGAAACAAUUACCUUUCACAUAGGCAAUGUGGGUGUUGGAUUACUUUAUUUGUUAAAUAUAUUAAGCACCAACCUCUAAAUGGUGUUUUAUGUUUACUCUGUUUCCUAAUUAAUAUAACAUUUUGUCUAAAGAUCUGAAGCCAUUCAUUAUGACAAAUAUACAAAAAGGGAGAACAUCUGGAAGGGAGCAAAAACUUUAACAUCACUGUACAUUUAUCUGAAUAACAGCUGCCAUUGCAUGAAGCAUAUUAUAUAUUAUUAAUGCUUAAGUCUUAACACAAGUUUUAUCACUUAUGUACUCUCUUAAGCCAACUACAGGUAGUCACUGAUGAUUUGGCUUUUAAGCAGUGACAUUUUUCCAUGCAGUCUGUCACUUAUGGUUAUAUUUUUAAUGCCUGUUAUGUUGAUUAGUUUGGCUUUUUGCUUAUGUCUAAAGUGCUGAACUGUUUAAUUUUAAUACUCGUUAUACUUUGAUCUUUAGUAGUUUUUAUUUUCAGCAUCUAGUAUAUUUAUACUUUUGCAGAUUUAUUCUAGGUGCCUGUCUCACAAAUUAUCUUGCUUUGCCCAGGUUGGUGUGCGUUAACAGCAACUUGUGAUGAUGUGCUCUAUGAUACAGUUUGUGCAGAAUAAAUGUUAUAUGCAUAUUAA